CUCCCCGAGGCAGGAAGAUGCCGGUGAAGAAGAAAAGAAAAUCCGCGGCGGCGGCAGCGGUAGCGGAUGAGACCGGCCUCAAGAAAUGUAAACUGGGCAGCUAUUGCAGAUCGCAAGCCUCUGGUAAACUGAUAAGUGGAGAGGAGCAUUUUUCAAGCAAGAAGUGCCUGGCUUGGUUUUAUGAAUAUGCAGGUCCUGAUGAAGUUGUAGGGCCAGAGGGAAUGGAAAAGUUCUGUGAAGACAUUGGUGUUGAACCUGAAAACAUUAUUAUGUUAGUUUUAGCCUGGAAAUUAGAGGCUGAAAGCAUGGGAUUUUUUACCAAGGAAGAAUGGUUAAAGGGGAUGACCUCGUUACAGUGUGACUGCACAGAAAAGUUACAGAGUAAGUUUGAUUUUUUGCGGUCACAACUGAAUGACAUUUCAUCCUUUAAGAAUAUCUACAGAUAUGCCUUUGAUUUUGCAAGGGAUAAAGACCAGCGAAGUCUUGAUAUUGAUACUGCAAAAUCUAUGUUAGCGCUUCUGCUUGGAAGAACAUGGCCACUGUUCUCAGUAUUUUAUCAGUACUUGGAGGGCCCGUUCUCCUUGAUGAAUUUGUUGAGUGGCAAAAAGUUCGUCAAGUGUCAUAGCAAGAACUUUGAAGAAAAUGCAGAAUUUUUUGAUGCCCACCUCUAUACAAACUAAUGAGACAAAACCAAGGGUUGCAUUUUCAUGCUUAUGAAAGACUUUACAGUGAUUUUUUUUUUUUUUCCUUUUUUUUUUAAAGGAAGUUUUCUUGUUACAUGUGAUAUGGGCAUUGAACCACACCUCUUCUGAGACUGAAAGUUGGAGUUUGUUUUUGAGUCUUAUGUUUAUAGCAUUUAUUUCAGAACAAUAAAGAUCCAGAUUUGUGACAAAGGCCUAAAAGUGAAGGAUGUCCCAUGAGUGUGGUGUCUAUUUUUGAAAUUCAAAACUUUUCAGAUUUUA